GCGUUAAGAGCAAGCAAGCUGUGCCUGACGCUUCGACUGCUACUGCAGUGGAGAAGGUGUUAUGAUGGGGUUUCGUACUCUCGUGGCCGUGAGGUGUCUAUUCUUCAGUAAUUCUAUACAAGUUUUCUCACAUUGUUUACAGCGUCUAUUGCGUUUCUUACGAUAAGGAGCUGCUAUUGCGUUUCUUACGAUAAGGAGCUGCUAUAGCGUUUCUUAAAGAAUAAGGAGCUACUAUUGGGAUUCUUAGGAUAAGGAGCUACUAUUGGGCUUCUUAGGAUAAGGAGCUAGCAUUGCGUUUCUUAGGUUAAGGAGCUAGCAUUGCGUUUCUUAGGAUAAAGAGUUCUCCCACCACCCUGCAUCUCGUCGCAAGUUUGAAGAUAUUGACGAAAUACAACUCCCCCUAAUGCUGCUGAGAAAAGCGCGCAGUUCAACGCCAGGCAUUGUCGGACGAACACUAGACGCUGAGGAUCGCAAAAGCAAAAAAAAGGAGAAAAAAGCCGAAGACUCGAAAAAGACUGGGGACCCCGAGAAGAAGAAGAGCAAACCAACAAAGCAUAAGGAGGGCGAUCCGAAGUCUUCCUCUAACGUUUAUGAGACGUAGAGAUUAGAGGGGCAAAGAGUUGCUUUUGAUGCUAUAGCAUUCCGACUUGAGUUGGGGAAUCGAACAAAAGCCUGAUCUGAUUUACUUGACGGAAAACUCUAGUUAGAUUUUUAGGGAGAUAGCUGCAAGCCACUGUAGUAGAGCAAUCUUGGUUCUGACGAGGAUCUCCUAAGGAGUUGGGCGUGCACCUAAAGAGGAUGGCUUGGAAACAACGUCGCGGGACCCGAGUCAAGUGCUGUUAAGGCACAGCAGUAAGUUCGUGUUUCAAGCAAUUAUACUAGAACUCAAAGUGACUACUUAGUCCCUUUGAGUUCUAGUAUAAUUACAGUUGCGGAGACUGGGGGACUCUAAGACUCUGCGAC